AUGCUGUCUCCCUUGGUCUCUCAUCCUACGUACACCAUGGGUAACUGCCCGUGCCGUUCAUUCCCUACUCCAUUUAUUCACUGAUUUAUGGAGUCGGGUGCUCCAUCAAGAUGCCACAGGCGCUCCGAGCUAGAACCACCACCUGCUUACAAUUACAUUCACGAUCCCAUGUUCCAUCUUUGGCCAGGAUGACAGUGCUGCUCCUAGUCGUGGUUACUUUGACUUCAUGAAUUGAAUCGCCUUUCGCUUCAUACGCGUCACCCAGGCGUCCUAGGCGCACAGCUAUAGGCGUACGCCUGUAACGAAGAAGGUCUGCCUCCCGUCAUCCACCUACUCUGGAAUGAUCUGUAGCUUGCAGCAAUCUGGACUAGUCACUUAAAAUUCAACCCCUCAAACCACACAAUACAUUUGACCGUUAUCAUUCAGCUAUAUCUCUCCAGCCGCCUCCACCCAGUCGGGGCGCUUGAUUAAUUCGUCAUGUCGGCUGUUGUUCCCGAUCCCAAUCCUCGCCAUUCAGAGACGGAGGAAGAGGCGUUGGCACUUUAUGACAGACUGCAGGAGCUACAUAUUCAGAUAGGCCUUCUACAGGCCCAGGAAGAUCUCUCUGACCCGCAAAGCCCUACAUUCUUUACGGGACAUUUCGAUAUAGAUGAGGCUCGCACCCAACUGCUCGAAGUAAAGGCGACUGUUGAAUUGCGGAACUACAUAUUUGAAAGUGCCGUCGUGGUCCGGCCUGUAUUGAGGGCCAUACAUGGCGGGACCGAGGCUUCCCCGGUAGAACGAGAUAUCUUGCCAUUGAUCCGGCAGCGGGAUCUAAUAUCUGCCGAAGCCGCUGAGCAGGCUUCGGCCUCUUAUCAAGUCAGAGACCAUAUAUUGGAUCUGGAACUUGAGCGUCUUCGCGUUGGUCAGCACAACGCGACCUUGGCUUCGGAACUAUUGCGGUUGUCAAAAACCACCGGCACCCAUGACGUACAAGUGGAUGGAUCUACCAAACUGGGCAGAAAGCUGGGUAAAACCAAGGGUGAGCUACGGGUGAGCCGCCAGAAAUGGAAGACGAUCAAGGGAGCUACGAGUGCACUCGUAGCCGGCACCGGAGUCGAUUGGGCCCGAGAUGAACGGCUUAGAGAUUUAGUUCUCGACCCGCCGGGGUUUUCCACGAAAGGGCCGUAAUGAAGAAGUAACAUAUACCCAAUACAUUGUAGGAGCAACAACCCAACUUGGCAGUCGAGAGGCUCUAGGUAAUCAGUCAUGUCGGCAUAAUUCUUGAUGCCUCAUUUGAACAACCUAGUACAACCCAUGGUUACAUAGUAGCCAUGGGUAAGUUGCAAAGCCAUGCAGACUAUUUCCGUUUGCUGAAGAAACGACGCUAGGUCCGAGUGCUGCUUUCAAAGACAAUGAUUCCCCG